CCGGGGCCACGCGCAGCGGCGCGUGGUGUCUGCGACCGUUGCCGGGCGCCUGGGGCGCUCCCACGCCGGCGAAGGAUUGUUAAAGAAGUCGUAGCCAUCCAGACAUACAGUGUGAGGACUCCUUGUAAGAUUCAGUCACUAGAACCCUUAGACCCCAGGAUUACCACAAUUCCUUCUGGAUUAAUCAGCUUCAGGCAUCCAAUCUGAUAUUACCAAGAUGACUGAGCGUUUUCACCCCAAGCCUUCAGCAGGAAAGAUGCAUCCCUUCCUGGACAGCUCAUCUGUUGCCCAGGAUAACGAUCUUAGCAUGCACACCACAGAAUCAAAAACUGAAUCUUUGGAUAAUAAAGACUUUGUAACAUCUACAUCCACUGAGCCCUUUUACACAGUAACAGAAUUUUCAGAAGCCUCUACAGCAGCACUCCAGCCACUCAGUUAUGAUCAGAUCCUCAGUGAUCCUAACAGUAAUGUAUAUGAAGAAACUAUUCUGUCUACAACAGAGGAAAUAGAACAACUGAAGAAAAUGAGAAUACACAUUCCUGGUUCUCCACAAGGAGCAUUGAAUAAAAUUAUUACAAAUGAUCUUAGCAUGCACACCACAGAAUCAAAAACUGAAUCUUUGGAUAAUAAAGACUUUGUAACAUCUACAUCCACUGAGAUCCUCAGUGAUCCUAACAGUAAUGUAUAUGAAGAAACUAUCCUGUCAAAAACAGAGGAAACAAAACCACAGAAGAAAAUGAGAAUGCACAUUCCUUGUCCUGUAAAAGGAACAUUGAAUAAAAUCAUUACAAAUGGAGUUAUACUCCUUAUGAUAUGGUGUAUAACCUGGUCACUCUCAGGCCCUGCAGUGCUCCCUGGUGGAAAUUUAUUUGGACUGUUAAUUGUUUUUUAUUGUGCUAUACUUGGGGGUAAACUUUUACAACUAAUUAGAAUACCUUCAGUGCCUCCACUUCCACCUCUUCUUGGGAUGUUACUGGCUGGUUUUAUCAUCAGGAAUGUUCCAUUCAUCAGUAAGCAUGUCCAAGUUCAUAACACAUGGUCUUCAACAUUAAGAAACAUUGCGCUUACCAUUAUCCUUAUACGAGCAGGGCUUGGACUUGAUGCGAAGGCUUUGAAGCAUUUGAAGAGAGUUUGUUUAAGAUUGUCCAUGGGUCCGUGUAUCAUGGAAGCCUGUUCAGCUGCUGUUUUUUCCCACUUCAUUAUGAAACUUCCCUGGGAAUGGGGAUUUCUAUUAGGCUUUGUGCUAGGAGCUGUCUCUCCUGCUGUUGUUGUCCCUUCCAUGCUGCUUCUGCAGGAAAAUGGAUAUGGUGUCGAGAAAGGCAUCCCAACCUUACUAGUAGCUGCAAGCAGCUUGGAUGACAUCCUGGCCAUCACUGGAUUCAACACAUGCCUGAGCAUAGUCUUCUCCUCAGGUGGUAUACUUAAUAAUAUCGUAUCCUCCUUCCGGGAUGUACUUAUUGGUGUGCUGGUAGGAACUAUUCUGGGACAUUUUGUUCAUUUUUUUCCAAGUAAAGACCAGUCAAAACUCCCAUUGAAGAGAGCAUUCCUUAUUUUGAGUAUGUGUGUCUCUGCUGUCUUAGGCAGCCAACGUAUUGGUUUGCAUGGAACUGGAGGAUUAUGUACAUUAGUGAUGUCUUUCAUUGCAGGGAAAACAUGGUCUGAAGAAAAGAUUAGAGUCCAAAGUUUUAUUACAGCUGCAUGGAAUGUUUUUCAACCUCUUCUUUUUGGUUUAGUUGGAUCAGAAAUAUCUGUGUCAGCUCUUGAACCAAAUACAAUUGGCGUUUGUGUUGCUACCCUCAGUCUGGCAUUGUGUGUUCGAAUUUUAACCACAUUUCUGUUGAUGUGUUUUGCUGGUUUUAAUUUUAAGGAGAAAAUAUUUAUUGCUUUAUCAUGGAUGCCCAAAGCUACAGUCCAAGCUGUAUUAGGUCCUUUGGCUCUAGAAACAGCAAGACGCACUGCACCCCACUUGGAAGCAUAUUCGAAGGAUGUGAUGACAGUAGCAUUUUUAGCCAUCUUGAUCACAGCUCCAAAUGGAGCUCUAAUUAUUGGCAUAUUGGGGCCCAAAAUACUUACACGCCAUUAUAAUCCAAACGAAAUAAAACUGCAUUUGUCAGCAUUAGAACAUCAUUAA